AUGAAGAGCUUUGCUACUAUCACUGCUAUUGCCUGUUUCGGUGUUGUUGGUGGUAUCACCAGCAACGAGGCUCAUGUUGAUGAUAUCCUGUCGACUGUCCUCGCCACUGGAGUUCCUGAGAUGAACUCCAUCAUUUCUGCUAAGCUUCCGAAGGCUGUGGUUUUCAAUCCGCCAGUCGGCAUUGCCCGUUCUAAGCAUUCCGGGUUCCUACACAUCGGAGAGGGUUACAACGUCUCACUACUACAAUUGAAUAAUGUAGACUCACUGAAAGUGGAUCUGCUCAAGCCCUCUGUCACGUCAACCAACGAGUCUCUCACUCUUGGUAUGGACAUUUCUGCCAAGUUCACUGAGGCUCCUAGAGUUUUCGGCUACGUUGACGCAUACUAUGGCAAGCUCAGUGCUGAGGGCGAUGUGCAAGUCUCAAUUGACGAGAUUGCAAUGAACUCUCGCAUCGAUGUCACUUUGUCGCUUGUUGACAACAGCGGUAUUAUGGUCACUGCUCAUAUUGAAGCGCUCAAGAUGGACCCCAUAAACGUGGAAAAUCUCGACAUUUACUGGGGACUUGAUGGCCACGAAGUUCCUCAUUGGUUGGACGAUGUAUUCAAUGACUUGCUGGACCUGAAUGUCGAUCUUGCGGAGAGCAUCGGGCGCUGUAUUGAGAAGGAGCUCGUCAGAAAGUUAACCGCUGAAGGAGUUGUUGUUGGAAAUGAAGAACUUAGUCAUUUCGCUCCCUUAAUUUUCCCAAUGUUGUUCGACAAGAUCAAUGCUUUCCUUCAAGCAUAA